UCCACACAAUGAUUUCUACUACUUGUUAUUUGUCAAUAAUCAUAAAAAUUAAAGAGGAAAGUUUAGAUUUAACAAACAUAACAUUUUGUUUAGACAUUGGGAUUUUUUGCCGCCACAUUUAUUUUACAAAUGGACCAUAGUCAAACUCAAGCAGAUGUCUCCUCCAGACCGAGAGAGGGUGUGCAUGGGUGAAUUCCUGGUCCAUCCCACUGCAGUCACCUCUCGCCGUGACCAGAGCGAGGGGCAGCGUCGAGCGAGCAGAUGUCGGGAUGUGGAUGUCAGCCGAGGAAUUCACAGUAAUGGUGACCAUGCAGGUGGAAAGAAGACCCGAAAUAAAGAGAUAAAUAGACUGGAAACAAGGGGGCUGUGGAUGCAGAUAACAGCACGACGCGACACCCAUCAGUGUGAUUUACAGUCCAGCCGGUGUUGGUUGGUGUUGGUGGCGGAUUAAUAACCAGUCAUAAAGAAGAGGGAGGGGGAUUGUGUAUUGCAGGACAGUGAAGGCUCUGAUAGAGGAAAGACGAGAAAGGGGGGAGUGUGUAAAAUAGAGAGAGAGGGGACUAGAUAAAGCCGGAGCCAGGAUCAUGAGCUUGGCAUUGCCUUACGACUCCCUUUCAGCUCGGCCGAGUCCCAGCAGACGAGCUCAGGAUUGGGAACGCGAGCAGCUAACUGUGCGAAGACUGUCCUCUCCGAGGGGUCUCGACCUCCUCACUCCUCCUCCUCUUCCUCGUCGGCCAUCAGCAAUCCCAGGCUACCUGCUGUCCCCCAGUCAAGAGCAGGAGGAGCAUCUUCACCAGCAGCAGCAACGACUAUCUUUGUCCGUGUGCUCAGAGGCCUCCCUGGCGCCCCCUGCACCUCCACCUGUGGGCGCUGCCCCACCUUGCUGCCGCCCAGUGGGAAUCAUGCACCUCCUGCGCCUGGGUCUCUUGGCCUUUAGCUGCCUCUUCUGGGCAGCUGGCUUGGCCCUCUUCACCUUGGGAGUGUGGGCUCAAAUUUCUCUGGCGGACUACAUGAUGCUGUCCGCCAAUCGCUACCCCAACGCCCCACUCAUCCUGCUGUCCACAGGCGCCGCCGUCACCGCCUGGGGCUUCCUGGGUUGUCUGGGGGUGGCUGCAAACCUACCUUGUGUGCUAAGGGCUUACGGGUUCUUUCAGUUUGCUGCACUUGUAGCAGGUUUGGCAGCUGGACUCUCCGGCCUCUUCUAUCGUGAAGACAUUGCUGGAGGAUUUCGCAGCGGCUUACAGCGAGCGGUGGCCGGCUACACAGAGGAUGAAGGCCGUGCCGAUGCCCUAGAUAGCCUGCAGAGGGCUCUGGAGUGUUGUGGAGCUGAAGGUUGGCGCGAUUGGCUCACUUCGGACUGGGCUAUCCAACAUAUGACCUUCCCACCCACCGAGAACGGCACCUCAGUGUCCCUGCCGGACAGCUGUUGCGUGAGGCGUAAGGGCUGCAGGAACCGACCUCUGCCGUCAGACGAUAGCGAAGGAGUGGUCGCUGCAGGAAUCCAUCCACGUGGCUGCUUCCGCAAAGUUUUCAGCUUGGUCAACGACAACGUCUUCCACAUUGCUGCCACUGUGUUGGGAUUGGCCUUCACCCAGAUCGGAGGCAUUGCCCUGGCAUGUCUGCUGGCCAACAGGCUGGCACCUAGACAACGUCGACGUGUAGUGGCACAUUAAUGGUUAGUUUAAAAAAUGAGGCAAGAUACACCAAGGAUCGACUUUUGGAUUGAGC